UCGUCUCCAUAAGCUUUCUGUUUCUAAAAUCUUUUGAAAAUGGAUAGUUCUAUGGCGAUGAAAACAUGGGAGCUUGCAAAUAACAUAGAAACUGUCAGUAGUAUUGAUGAGAUUUUUAAAUACGAUCGUCAGCAACAGCAAGAUUUAUUGCAAGCUAAGCCUUGGGUCAACAACCAUAAUUACUUUAAGAAUAUCAAGAUAUCUGCUUUGGCUUUGCUAAAAAUGGUAAUGCAUGCAAGGUCAGGAGGCAAUUUGGAAGUGAUGGGGCUCAUGCUAGGCAAAGUAGAUGGUACUACCAUGAUAGUUAUGGAUGCAUUUGCACUACCAGUGGAAGGAACAGAGACAAGGGUUAAUGCACAGGCAGCAGCRUAUGAAUACAUGGCAGCCUACAUAGAAUCAGCUAAGCUGGUUGGCCGCUUGGAAAAUGCUAUAGGAUGGUACCAUAGUCAYCCUGGAUAUGGAUGCUGGCUAUCUGGUAUUGAUGUUGGCACACAGAUGGUAAAUCAACAAUUCCAGGAACCAUUUGUAGCUAUUGUGAUUGAUCCUACAAGAACUAUUUCAGCUGGAAAAGUGAACCUUGGUGCUUUCCGRACAUAUCCAAAGGGAUAUAAACCUCCAGAUGAAGGUCCAUCUGAAUAUCAAACUAUUCCUCUCAACAAGAUUGAAGACUUUGGUGUSCAUUGUAAACAAUACUACUCUUUGGAAGUUUCCUACUUUAAAUCAUCACUUGAUAAAAAGCUUUUAGAUCUCUUAUGGAACAAAUACUGGGUGAACACUCUCUCAUCUUCCAGUUUAUUAACGAAUGCAGAAUACACCAACCAGCAAAUAGCAGAUUUGUCAGAAAAGCUAGAACAGGCUGAAUCACAGGUUGGUAGACUUGGCAGUUUUUCAAUGGAUUCUGAUAAGAAAGAUGAAGGAAAACUAGCAAAAACAACCAAAGACAGCUCAAAGACUGCUAUUGAAGCUGUUAAUGGACUAAUGUCUCAGGUGAUCAAGAACAGACUUUUCAAUCAAGUUGGACUGAAGCAACCUUCACAGUCCUAGCAUUGGUAUAGAAACACUGCUGMUACACUCAUGAAUGAUGAGCUAUUAUUUUYCCCACCUUUAACUUCAUUUCCCACAAUACAAGCAGAGAUGUUUUCUACCUUGCUAGGAAGUUUGAUAAAGGAAAAUCUUUUUCAUCGUUUUAAGAAAAGUGGUUAGAAUGUAUUAUUUUGUUGACUUGUUUGCAAUUUUGAAAUAUUUAUAUAGAGAAGAAAUUAAAAUAGUUAUUACAGCAAACACUCCUUUUUACUGUUCCCUAUACUUUUGCCAAUACCAUCUGACAAUGCCUUUCACUGAAGAAGGAUUGUGGUAGGCAGUGUGCAAUGAUAGAUACCUCUUGAAUGAUAAUUGUUAUUGUUGUACAUUAUAAUCUUGAAAAAAUGUAAGAAGUUMUAAAAAUAUAAACUUUAGAGGUAACACUGUUUUCCUUUGAUUGUAUUUGUAUACAGUACUGUCUAAAAAUGGAAUAUGUAAAUUAUGAUAAAAAAAACAUGAUAUUAAAGAAAAAAUUAAAACUA